GACACUUUGCCGAAAUUGUAGCUUUGACUCUCAGACAGUCGAAGGGUAAAGCGAUAGUACAGUCGAGCGGCAAAGCUUGUUCAGCGAGGUGUUUCUAUUUAGACUCUUCCACACUGACGAUCAUCCAGAAGACACUGGAGAUAUUUCGCCCGUGUAGUUGGUAAAUAAAUGUCAGAGCGCCCACUGACGUCGCUUUCCAAAUCGUCACCUCGGCGCGCAAGAAAAAGAGGAACAAGGAUUGCGUGCUCCCCGGGACUUGCGCUCCAUGGGCUGCGUUAUCCAGAAGCUUGCUGGGACUAAAUACAUCGAAUGAUAUGAGCAUGUAGUCAGUGUUAAUUCUGCUUUUCAUUCAAUUUAGACGUAGUGUUGAGCUUGUGGCUGAAGAAAGGCGCAUGAGGCAACACGUUUUCUUCUAUAUUCAGUUUCAUUUGUCCAACUUUAAAUUCUAGAGGCAAGCAAAUAAUCAGACGGCUUUUAAUUUUGACAGCAGAGACUCUGACUUACUGGACUGACUUUCCCGAGAGGUUACGCUCUGAAGAACAACGUGUUUAUGGAUAUCUGCGCAGCAAGGAACAUCGGGAGUUGUAGGCUUUGCACUUCUGAGUCGAUCAUGUUGAUACCUUGCUUUUACUGUAAACUUUGAUAGAUGUUUACAGGAAGAUUUCGGCGACAAUAAGAAAUCACAGUUCUGAUACGCUCAGACUGACCUCUGGGGAAAGUGGGACGCGCUUUUUCGCCCUCCCUCGUUUUUUUCUCCCGAGACGUCAGGACGGAUCUCUAUCACGCAAUCUGACUCUGCUUCUGUGGUUUAAACAAAGACCAAGUGUUUUGGGAUAGCAUGGCAAUGGUAGUAAAUCAAUGGCCAGAGAACAUUUCUGCAGAUCCGGGGUCUCAACUCCAGAUAUGCGGCCAGGAGCCCGGCGGGGCACCUGGAACACCAAACGGUUCUACCCCAGGGAACGACGCACUUUCCGGGGACAAGAUCCCCAACGUGGACUGCAUGGUGUGUGGGGACAAGUCCAGUGGGAAGCAUUACGGUCAGUUCACCUGCGAGGGAUGCAAAAGCUUCUUUAAGCGUUCUGUGAGGCGGAACCUCACUUACACCUGCCGGGGGAACCGAGACUGCCCCAUCGACCAGCACCACCGGAACCAGUGUCAGUACUGCCGGCUGAAGAAGUGCCUCAAAGUCGGCAUGAGGAGAGAAGCAGUACAACGAGGACGUACAUCAAACUCCCAGAGCAGUCCAGGGCAGUACCUGACCAAUGGCACCGACCCGUACAACGGCCAACCCUACCUGUCGGGCUUCAUCUCUCUGCUGCUUCGCGCUGAGCCGUACCCAACGUCUCGCUACGGGGCUCAGUGUAUGCAGGGGAACAACCUCAUGGGUAUCGAGAACAUCUGUGAGCUGGCGGCCAGGCUGCUGUUCAGCGCUGUGGAGUGGGCCAAGAACAUCCCCUUCUUUCCUGAUCUGCAGCUCAUGGAUCAGGUGGCUCUGCUGCGAAUGUCAUGGAGCGAACUCUUUGUUCUAAAUGCUGCCCAGUGCUCCAUGCCGCUUCAUGUGGCUCCUCUGUUGGCAGCGGCCGGCCUGCACGCAUCACCUAUGUCAGCAGAGCGUGUUGUGGCCUUCAUGGACCACAUCCGAGUCUUCCAAGAGCAGGUGGAGAAGCUGAAGGCCCUGCAGGUCGACACAGCUGAAUAUUCUUGUCUCAAGUCCAUUGUGCUCUUUACAUCUGACGCCAUGGGCUUGUCAGACGUCGCCCACGUGGAGAGCAUCCAGGAGAAGUCUCAGUGUGCUCUGGAGGAGUAUGUAAGAAACCAGUACCCCAGCCAGCCGAACCGCUUUGGACGCCUCCUCCUCCGCCUGCCGUCCCUGCGCAUUGUCUCCUCUCCAGUCAUCGAACAGCUGUUUUUUGUGCGCCUCGUCGGCAAGACUCCAAUUGAGACGCUCCUCCGUGACAUGCUGCUCUCGGGCUCCAGCUACAACUGGCCCUACAUGCCCACAGUACAGCGAGAGCGACCAAUCUCUCUCCACUACAAUGAGAAUGGGCCCUGAAGUGGAAGGACAGACCAAGGAGAAGCUACGGGGGAAAUUACGGUUGAAGGCUGACCUGACUGCUCAUCAAUCCAUCUCUCCUUCCCUUCAUUGUCUGCGUUCAACUUCUCAGCUUCCCAAGAAGAAGUAUCUCCCUCACCAUUCCGCUUUAAACACCGACAUUGACACACCAUCAUCCCAGUUACACAAGCCAGGCUAGCUUUCACUAUCGCUAAUACAGAGACUUUGUGGCCCGUUGCAGCUCCUCAGCCGAGUCUACAUUUGAGAUGUGGCGUGAGAUGGACAGGUUGGUAGAAUGGGUUAUUGCGCAGUUCACCAGCAGGUCUGUUGGACUCACUUCAGAUGUCAUUCUCAAAAACCAUGCAAACAAUUUCAGCGAGCAUUUGCUUCAUUUUCGGUGAUACACCUACACAUACGGAAACUGUGUGCUAGCAUCUGCGUACGAGCAUGGAGAAUACUGAGCAAGGGCUUUACCAAUGGGACAGCCAAGAGCACAAAGCCUGUUGUAAAUAUACCAAUUUUUAAAAAGAGAAAACCAGAAGCCAUUAAAAAAAGACAAAUGCCAAAAUGUCUUGAACUUUUGCAGAGGAUGUUUUAUUGUGUGUUUGUAUUAGCACUGUUUAUAUGGAGAGAAAACCCAUGAUUGUGUCCAUAUGUACAGUAUAUCAUCGAUUCAUAGACAUCUAAGGCAUAUUAGGGUUCAAUUGGGGAAGCUCAGGUUCAGAGGGUGGGCAGACGGGCAUGUCAAUAUCAGAACAAAAAAGACAAACCCAGCAAAUUUUACACUUAUCAGCAGCCUGUGCCAAAGCUGACAAAUCAUACGGUUUGGAGUAUUUUUGUGAUAGUGUUGGCUAUUAAAAGAAAAGUUUGGUUUGUCUAUAAUUUGACUUGUUGUGGGGUCUGAGGGGCGAGAAGGAGUUUGUAAUGAAUACAAAUAAAAGCGUAGGCACUUGCAUUGAAAAGUAGUCAGUUUGAAUCUGCAGAAUCACAGCACUGGUAGAUUGUUUCUACCCUUACCCUGUUUGACUGAAGUAUAUUUUUUCUUACUCUAAAGACCCAUGGUGUUAACAUCGGGGUGGCAAAGCUCAUCCUCCUUAUUGUCAUUACUUUUUUUUUUGUCAGUAUUGGACCCUUUAGACAGGGGAGUGGGAGGGUGGUAUGGGCUUUUACAAAAGUAGCUGUACUUGCCUUAGAACAAAGAUUCUGUCACUGAGCAUUUAUCUUAUGACUGUGCCAUAAUCUCUCGUUACCUGUUAUAACAGGUAUUAUGUCCUGUCAGGAUUGGAAAUGAGUUUGCAUGAAGUUAAAAUGUGAUGUGCAACAUGUCAUUGAAGAGUCAUGCACAAUCCAAAUAUUUUAAUUGAGUUAAUUAUUACACACACACACACACACACACACACACACACACACACACACACAUACACACACACACACA